CCCGCGCCGCCGGUGCCGCUCGCCAGACGGAAGCCGCGCAGGGAACCGGGAGCGGCGCGAUGGGGGACUCCAAAGUGAAGGUGGCGGUGCGUGUCCGCCCCAUGAACCGGCGAGAGCUUGAUCUGCAUACAAAAUGUGUGGUGGAUGUGGAUGCAAACAAGGUUAUUCUUCAUCCCGUAAACACCAACCUUUCAAAAGGAGAUGCCAGGACCCAACCGAAGGUGUUUGCAUAUGAUCACUGCUUUUGGUCUAUGGAUGAAUCGGUCAAAGAAAAAUAUGCAGGUCAAGAUGUUGUUUUCAAGUGCCUUGGAGAGAAUAUUCUUCAGAAUGCCUUUGAAGGCUACAAUGCUUGCAUCUUUGCCUAUGGGCAAACUGGGUCUGGAAAAUCGUACACAAUGAUGGGCACCGCUGACCAGCCUGGGUUAAUCCCUAGACUUUGCAGUGGACUCUUUGAAAGAGCACAGAAAGAGGAAAAUGAAGAGCAGAGUUUCAAAGUGGAAGUAUCCUACAUGGAGAUAUACAAUGAGAAAGUCCGAGAUCUUCUUGACCCAAAAGGAAGCCGUCAGUCAUUAAAAGUUAGAGAACACAGUGUUUAUGGUCCUUACGUAGAUGGCCUAUCCAAACUAGCUGUUGCUAGCUACAAGGACAUCGAGUCCUUGAUGUCUGAGGGCAACAAAUCUCGAACAGUGGCUGCAACCAAUAUGAAUGAGGAGAGCAGUCGGUCCCAUGCAGUCUUCAAGAUUAUCCUCACCCACACACUCUACGAUGUACAAUCAGGGACGUCGGGCGAGAAGGUGGGCAAGCUGAGCCUGGUGGACUUAGCAGGUAGUGAAAGGGCAACUAAAACUGGUGCUGCAGGAGACAGACUGAAAGAAGGAAGCAACAUUAACAAAUCCCUCACAACUCUUGGUCUAGUUAUUUCUGCCCUGGCAGAUCAGGCUGCUGGCAAGAACAAGAACAAAUUUGUUCCUUAUCGUGAUUCUGUGCUCACUUGGUUACUUAAAGACAGCCUUGGUGGUAACAGCAAGACUGCCAUGGUAGCAACAGUAAGCCCAGCAGCAGACAACUAUGAUGAGACCCUUUCAACACUGAGGUACGCAGACCGGGCCAAGAACAUCGUUAAUCAUGCUGUCGUGAAUGAAGACCCUAAUGCUCGCAUUAUUCGGGAGCUCCGUGAGGAAGUGGAGAAGCUGCGGGAACAGCUCACAAAAGCAGAGGCUAUGAAAUCACCAGAAUUAAAAGAACGAUUGGAGGAAUCAGAAAAGUUGAUUCAGGAAAUGACUGUGACCUGGGAAGAAAAAUUAAGAAAAACUGAGGAGAUUGCACAGGAGCGUCAGAAACAGCUGGAAAGCCUUGGCAUAUCUCUUCAGUCUUCUGGAAUAAAAGUUGGGGAUAAUAAGUGCUUCCUGGUUAAUUUGAAUGCAGAUCCAGCUCUCAAUGAACUUCUGGUAUACUAUUUAAAGGAGCACACUUUAAUAGGCUCAGACAACUCUCAAGAUAUCCAGCUGUGUGGAAUGGGAAUACUUCCUGAACACUGCAUUAUAGACAUCACCCCAGAAGGACAGGUUAUGUUAACACCUCAAAAAAAUACCAGGACGUUUGUAAAUGGUUCUGCUGUUGUGGGUCCUAUCCAGCUACAUCAUGGAGACAGAAUAUUGUGGGGAAACAACCACUUCUUCAGGCUGAAUUUGCCGAAGAAGAAAAAGAAGGCAGAUCAUGAGGAUGAAGAACGAGACAACUCUAUGAAGUGUAGUAAUAGUGUUGAGCAGCUGGACAUUGAUGGAGACAAUUCCAGUGAAGUUUCCAGUGAGAUUAACUUCAGCUAUGAAUACGCCCAGAUGGAAGUCACUAUGAAGGCACUUGGCAGUAAUGAUCCAAUGCAGUCAAUCUUGCAAAGCUUGGAGCAGCAACACGAAGAGGAGAAGAGGUCUGCACUUGAACGACAGAGGCUGAUGUAUGAACAUGAGCUGGAGCAACUGCGAAGGCGAUUGUCACCAGAGAAGCAGCAUUUUCGCAGCAUGGACAGGUUCUCCUUUCAUUCUCCCAGUGCUCAGCAGCGCUUACGGCAGUGGGCGGAGGAGAGAGAAGAAAUGUUGACCCACAGCCUGAGAAAGCUGAGAGAGCAGAUCGUUAAAGCCAAUUUGUAUGUGAGAGAAGCCAAUUUUAUUGCAGAGGAGUUGGACAAGCGGACAGAGUAUAAAGUUACCCUUCAGAUCCCAGCUUCAAGCCUUAAUGCUAACAGUAAGAGAGGUGCAAUUCUCAGCGAGCCUGCUAUUCAGGUGAGAAGGAAAGGGAAAGGCAAACAGAUUUGGUCGCUGGAAAAGCUGGAGAAUCGAUUGGUAGAUAUGAGAGAUCUUUACCAGGAGUGGAAAGACUGUGAGGAAGACAACCCAGUGAUGAGAGCUUACUUCAGGCGAGCUGAUCCAUUCUACGAUGAGCAGGAAAACCACAGCCUUAUCGGAGUAGCCAAUGUUUUUCUUGAGUGCCUAUUCUAUGAUGUGAAGCUACAAUAUGCUGUUCCAAUCAUCAAUCAGAAGGGAGAGGUAUCAGGUCGUCUCCAUGUUGAAGUUGUUCGAGUGAGUGGAGAAAUAGAUGACAGGUUGGUUGGAGGUGAGGAUAGUCCAGACUGUUCAAAUGAAAAUGACACUCAGGAGAGAAAACUUGUCUGUCAGAUUAAAAUCCUUCAGGCUACAGGUCUGCCACAGCACCUCUCCAACUUUGUGUUCUGCAAGUACACAUUCUGGGAUCAACUGGAGCCAGUUAGCGUUGCACCUGAGGUGGAUCCUUCCUUAUCUUCCAUCAGCAAAGAGCCACGGUGCAUGGUUGUCUUCGAUCACUGCAAUGAAGUUUCUGUAAAUAUUUCUGAAGACUUCAUGGAACAUCUUUACGACGGUGCUUUAGCAAUUGAAGUGUAUGGGCACAAGCAGAGCGGUGACCGCAAAAAUCCAGCCCUGUGGGAUUUGGGAAUAAUUCAAGCCAAAACACGCAGCCUUCGUGAUAGAUGGAGCGAAGUAACCCGAAAAUUAGAACUCUGGGUUCAAAUUCUCGAGCUGAAUGAGAAUGGGGAAUACUGCCCAGUCGAGGUGACUCCAGCCAAGGAUGUGUGCACAGGAGGCAUUUUCCAGCUCAGACAGGGGCAAUCUCGGAGAAUUCAGGUUGAAGUGAGGUCUGUACAGGAAUCAGGUACUUUACCGCUGAUGGAGGAAUCCAUAUUAUCUGUUGGAAUUGGCUGUGUCCAGAUAAAACAUGUUAAGUCACAGAAAGUAUUUGAAAACUAUCAGGAAGAAGAGGAUGAAAUGGACAGUUAUCAGGAUAGGGAUUUGGAGAGGCUCCGUCGGAAAUGGCUGUGUGCCUUAACAAAGCGUCAGGAGUAUCUUGAUCAGCAGUUGCAAAAACUAGUUGGGAAGCCUGAUAAAACAGAAGAUGAUGCAGACCGAGAGGCUCAGCUUUUAGAGAUGAGGCUGACACUCACUGAAGAAAGGAAUGCUGUCAUGGUUCCUUCUGCUGGCAGUGGGAUUCCUGGAGCUCCAGCAGAGUGGACGCCUGUGCCUGGUAUGGAAACUCACAUUCCUGUUAUUUUCCUUGACUUGAAUGCUGAUGACUUCAGUUCUCAAGAUAACCUUGAUGACCCAGAGGCAGGAGGGUGGGAUGCUACUCUUGUGGCGGAAGAGGAGGAGGAAUUCUUUGAGCUGCAGAUUGUGAAGCAUCACGACAGUGAAGUGAAAGCAGAAGCCUCAUGGGAUUCCACAGUCCACGACUGUAUCCAGCUCAGUAAAGGAACAGCGGCAGAUGAAAGAGUUUACCUUAUUGUGCGAGCCACUGUCCAGCUCAGCCACCCUGCAGAAAUGCAAUUAGUGUUACGCAAGCGCAUUUGUGUUAAUGUAUAUGGCAGACAGGGUUUUGCACAGAGUUUCCUCCGAAGAAUGUCUCACCGAAGUUCCAUUCCUGGCUGUGGUGUCACUUUUGAGAUAGUCUCAAAUAUUCCAGAGGAUGCCCAAGGAGCUGAGGAGCGGGAGGCACUAGCCAGAAUGGCAGCAAAUGUUGAAGAUGCAGCUUCAGCUGACUCGGAAGCCUAUAUUGAGAAGUACUUGCGGAGUGUGCUGGCUGUGGAGAACAUUCUCACCUUGGAUCGUCUGCGCCAGGAAGUGGCUGUGAAAGAGCAGCUAAUGGGAAAAGGGAAAUUGUACCGCAGGAGCCUGAGCUCUCCCAAUGUGAACCGGCUUUCUGGAAGCCGCCAAGAUUUAGCACCCCCUUAUAACCUGAGCAGUAACCGGGGCCGAUGGGAGAGUCAGCAAGAUGUAUCCCAAGGUGCCACAAAUUCCAGUAGAGGGAUUAGUCCAUCUCGUACCUCUCUGCCAGGCUCUGGACAGCAAAACCACUCUCCAGAUCCAGGUAUUGGUAGUCUUGCUGCAUCCUACCUGAAUCCUGUUAAGUCCUUUGUGCCUCAGAUGCCAAAGCUGCUGAAGUCUCUCUUUCCUGUUAGAGAUGACAAAAAAGGACGGCAGGCCUCUCCUCUUGCACAGCAGGCUGUCCCACGAAUUAUGGUUCAGCCUGCCAGUAUUGAUGCCAGCGCUGUGAAGAUAAAACAGGUAAGCACAUGCCAGGAUGUGAUGAUACAAUUUUCAUACUUGCAUGCCUGGAAACCAGAGAUUAACCAAGAGGAAGUAGGGAAACAGCCCUUUGAAACUGCGGUGCAGACAUCUGAGGAGGACAAGAGUCCAGAAAAGACACCCAAAGUGCCUUUGCAGCAGCCCACAGGAGACACUCAGGCACAGGACUCCCAAGAAGGACCUCCAAGCCCUCUGAGCGAAGCCUCCAGUGGGUAUUUUUCUCACAGUGUCUCGACAGCCACCCUCUCUGAAGCUCUUGCAGCGGGCAACGAUGCUGUGCCUCAACCAGGAGGUCAAACGGCUGCAAUGAGUGACUUCCCAGCUCCUGCUGUGGCUCAGGUCUCUUCUUCUGACGUGCCAGGACACUCAGACGGUUCUUCAGAAAGCUGCCUUGGUACUAAGAGAGAGAGUCUGUCUGCCUUCAGUCUUCAAAGUGCUCAUGCAAGACCUAGAGACAACACUGAAGUGAAUGGAAAUGAUACUCUGAAAUCAAAAUCUUGCACAUCUCCUGUGACUCAAAGUGAGCAAGCAAAUGAUGCCUCUGUAGCCAUUGAUGCAAAAUCCUUUCUUUCUACCUCCACUCUGAAGAAGGAGUUGUUAUCCAAACAAUCAAUGGAGUCACCUGGACAAGCUAGGAGAAAAGAAAUGGCUUCUGGGUGUUCAGAACUGGUGUUUCCCAAACCACAGGUUCAUCCUGACCAAUUGUCCCAGCCCAGUGCUGCAGCCUCCCCCUUCAAAAUCCAGAAAGUCAAGACGUCGGAACUCAAGUCUUUUACAAGUAUGCUGGGUGCAGAUCCCAGCUGCUCACUAAACACAGAAGAGCAGCCAGAAGGAGAAAAGGGCAUGUCUGCCACCCGGGGACUGAACCACAAUGGGUCAGAGAUGGCAGAAGAAAAACUGGAGGUGACUUCUGACUCUGAAGAUGCCAAUGAAAUACCCGAGUGGCUGAAAGAGGGAGAAUAUGUCACAGUUGGCGCAAAUAAGACAGGCGUUGUUAGAUAUAUCGGACCCACUGACUUUCAAGAGGGAACAUGGGUUGGUGUCGAACUGGAUUUACCUUCAGGUAAGAACGAUGGCUCGAUUGGUGGAAAGCAGUAUUUCCGAUGCAACCCAGGCUACGGAUUGCUUGUGAAACCAAGCAGAGUUAAAAAGGCCAUGGGAUCAGUGAGACGGCGGAGCAGUGGAUUGAGGUUGCAGGGAGGAGCCGCUGCUGAGAACAGGAAGAGUGGCAACUUCUCCGGGUCAGCCUCCAACCUGGCUUCACUCACAGCCUUGGCAAAAUCAGAAGGAGGAUCCAUGCUGCGACCCGAGAAGAGCCAGAAAAAUGCAGAGAACAGGAAAUCCUGGGCAAACUGAGGCAGCCCGACCCACCGCAGCAAACACCUUGCAACGCAGCCAGGGGAGCAGGGCUUCUAGCGUCGGGAAGCCAAACCAACCAUGUGAACUCUAGUUUGUGGCAAACACUAAUGAAGGGUUUUCUCUCUGCUUUGGGUGAUUGACAUGUUAAUUCUUUGCCUUGUCACGGUGCUGGAUCUACAUCCUUUGUUUCCUGUUACAAAUUGUGACGCUUCAGGGUAUGACUGAUGGCAGCCAGUGAAGGCUCCUGGCGGUGGGUGGGUGUAAGCUCUGUGCUCUUCCACCUUUCAGAGAAGAGAUGCGUAAAUUGUUCAAAUUAAGGCAUGGCUUUCCAAUAGCUACAAAUUUCUACCCACACACUGGUGCUUCUCUCGGUGUGACUGACAAUUCUAAAAAAACCUCCCCACAAUAACAGUUCCUUUCUAAUUUCCUAAGAGCUGUGUCCGUAUUGCAUAAUAUGUGUCGAAAGGGUAAGGUUAAAAUGAUUCCAGACGGGCAGGGAAGUGAACGUAAAAUUUAAUUUGGAUAUAAAGAACUCCAAAGCCCCGUUAUUUAAAAAGUGACAGCUCUUUGCUUACGUGACCUGGGACCAGUGCCCGUUUUAAUGACUGGCCUGUUGGGCCUCUCUUCUGUGGUAAUCGGCACAAUCUUCUGAUUUGUUGGCAAUGGGAGAAGGGCCCAUGACCCGCUCUCUAAUAUUUUUGAUUCCUUUUUAGGAAAGAGGAGAGCUGAGCAAAUUUGCUGUAUUCUAUUUAACAUGCGCUCUCACCAUGACGGGAUCCUCUCUCUCACUUGCCCCACCACGGCAGGACCUUCUUCUUGUUGGUUCUGUCCUUUGUGCCAAGAGGAUUUUUGCAGAGAUACCAGCACUUCCAUGCUGUAAUGUUCCUCCCUCAAGUAUUGGAGACACUUUUUUACCAGUUACACAAAGCAGAGGGUUGCUGCCCUUGGGAUGGGAUUAAUCCAGUCUAUUUAUUUGUAUUUAUUAUUUUAAAAUAAGAAAUAUUUGCGCUUUACAAUCAUCCACCGCCUGAUGUUGCGCAGAGGAGCUCUGCGAGCACUGUACCGAGCAUCAGUCCAAAGAGGAGUUGCCUCUGUCAUCAGCUAAACCUGCCCAGCAGCACGUGGAAGCAAACUCGGUUGAACAGCUGAAGAGCUGUUCCCAAAAUUAAUCUCUCUUGAAAGUGAGAGGUUUGAGCUGGCUUUUAUAAAACCUGGUUUUAUUUUUGGUCACCCUUGCUAGUUUUUAACUGCCUGUGGCAUUAAUUAAUACAUUACUGUACAUGUGUGUCUGUUCACAUGUGUACAUAUCUGCAGACAUGCACUCUUUUUCUAAUGAUUCCAGGAAUGCCACAGACUUUUACGUCCUGAGCUGUUUAUAUCUUGUUUAGUCAUCAUGGGGGAAUUGGACAGCUUGAGCAGUAGACGUUUUAUCUACAUAGGGAAUAUUUAGGAUGAUAAAUUCAUGAUUAAACUUUAAUACGUAUCUAGUCGCUGCCCGUGCUGCCCGUGGGUACCUAAGUGCCUUAGCCAUCUGGUUCAGAGGUCCAAGGGAAAGAUACAUUGUCAUCAAAGGAGAGAGGCAUGCUUAGCGAAGGAGAUAAUUAUGCUGAUUUACUGUAAUUAAUAUCAUUUAUGCAGAAGGAAUAAAAUUAAAAUAGAAACUAAUCUGUAGCAGCAAUAAGUGGGCUGGGUUACAGUGCAGGAUGCCUAGUGCUGCCAGGGAUUUCUGUAUCCUUCCAGCUUUGUGUAGCUAGUGUUUCCUAAAUUUUCCUAAAGAAAUCUUAAUAUAAAAUGUACAGACCAGCUUUUAAAGAUAUUUUUAGUGUACAGAUUUUCCUCCUUUUCUUGCUGAAAGCUCCUGUCUACUCAAGCCAAGGUGAUGGGAGAGAUCUAGUAGUAAAGCAUUGAGAUGCUUAAGUCAUGAGGUUUAACGUUGUAGCUGUUCUUAUAGACACAACUCAUGCAACAAAAUGAUGUUUUGGGGUAUGUUAAGUCUUGCUGAUGAAAGGCCACCUGCUAAUUAAUCUGAAGCCUCUUAAACUGCCUUGUAAGUUUUCUAAAAUGCAUCUUCACCAUUUUUUCUAAUUGCACUUUGUUCUGAUGUGCUGCAGAAAGUUAGUUAAUGUGAAACAGCCCCUGACCAAGAGUUGGUUUUUAGUCUCAGCAUUUAAUUUAUUGGGUUUAGGGAUAUCUUUAAAAUUCCUUGACAUUCGCUAGGUGGCCCCUUUGGGGGAGAUAUGAAGGGAAGAACCUGUCCAAGUCCUUUUGAAGCCUCUUUUCUUGCACCGCUUUCUCUCAAGACUCCAGUGCUGUUGUAAAGGUAUCAAAGUUGCAGGAGUGAAACGGUCAAGCAGAAGGCAGCUGCAUUAAUAGUUCACUGUUUAUGCUACCCACUAUAAAUUCCUCUGCCCGUGUUUGUACUAUGGCUCUGACCACCUAAGGUCCUAUUGCAGUGUUU